AUGCGGGUUCUCCCCGUCGGCGCAAAGCGCGACCCGCAGUACUUCCGGAUUUUCAGGAGGUUCAUCCUAGCCGGGUCUUCGAGGAAGAGGGGGCAGGCCAGCACUUCGCCGGCGGCCCCGACAAAGAAGCCACGCCCGACGUCGGGCGGCGGUGACCAGGACGCCGCUGAUGUGGCUUUUACUGCAGCGGCAGCGGCCGCUGGGGACACAAGGGUCCCCGAUUCGAGCUCAAAGGGCACCGGCCCGGCAGCAGGUGCUCUUCGUGCAGUUGCCGAGGUGCGGGUAAUCGACCUCACCGGCGAGGUAGACGAGGAUGCUCCGGAGGAGGUUGCCUCCGCCGGAGCCCUUCAACAACCUGCCCCGGCGCCUACCGAGGACGCGACUGCUGCCGCAGGUGAUGCCAUGCAGAUGGCGCCCCCCGCGGCAAGCGACAUGGGGGCCGAGGCAAGCAGCGGCGCCCUGGAGAAGCCCUCGAGCCCCCAGCCCGCCCCUUUGGACGGGCAAGUUGCGGUGGGGCUCGGCCAAGCCGGAGCCACGUCAUCGAACCCUGACGCAGCCUCGGGGUCGCAGACGGGUGCGGCGGGGUCCUCCUUCUCCGCCUGA